CUUUAAAAGCUGGCAUUUUACAUGCCCGUCUUCUUUGAAAAUCUGCGAUCUUUUUGGGAAAGUAAACUAUUACAUAAAUACUGUUUUCACUUUUCAACUUUUCAUUAUUAUUAUCAGGUGAUACAAAGGGACUACUCUGGAUCGCAAGGGAAAAUUAUUGAUCUCGGGGGAUUUCUUAGGAUUCUUGGGGUGUAGAUUGCACAUGCGCAGUGCGUGGUUCUUUCUUUUCUCUCGUUGAUCAGAAUGGUAAGAUUGAAUUUUACAUGUGCUUCGAGAUUUUACGUUUAUUUCAUUGUUUUGGAUCGUUUUGCCCUGCUUUUUAUUUCAUUUCACCUGAAUAUAUUCCUAAAUUUUCAUAAUCUUUGACUAAACGAAGUAAUAUAGCCCUUUAAAAUUGUGGAAAUUGUGAUUUCGUUGUGUCGUGUUUGCGACUAAAAAUUUAAUACCGUACAUAAUAAAUUUCAAUAUCCGUAACCCCCUACCGAGGGGCUUGGAAUUCUGCAGGGGUAAGGUGAUUUUUAGCCCUCGAAUUCUUCAGGGGUAAACAAAUUCCAGGAAAUCUCAUUCAAAAUAUCACAGGAGAAUUCGUAUUUCCACAGGAGUGAAAUAUAAAAAUUGAAAUUCUUCAUGGGCUAAUGCUGAUUAUGCAUCAGUCAAAUCCAAGCGUGCCCAUCCCCGGCUUUUGACAAUUUUCGAAAAUAUGCGACAAAUUCCUGGGGGCGGGGAUAAAAAACACAUGAAAAUGCCCCGCAGCGGGGCAAAAAAUCAGUAGCAAAUCCCCCACCCCGGGGACAGCUGGACUGUUUGGCUAAGAAGGAGUAGGUUGUCCAACUACCUGAAAAUAAAGAGAAUACUUUGAUUAUUGGAUACCUUUUUCAGAAAGCAGUAUCAAUUUCCCAUGCAUAAUACAAAAUGACUGAAAAAUGGCAAACUUCGCAGGGCUAUAUUUAACCUGAGUAUCAGGCCGUACUUUUUAGGGCACAGGCACGCCUGAUCGUGGGCGAAGGGGAGAAAAGUACGGCCUGACACAAAAGUGGCAUUUUGCCUGGUUGUUCAGUCCAGAAUCUGGACUGAGCGCUGAUUGGCCGAUUAGACAAACGAUUUUUAAAUCUGUCAUUUGAUUGGCUGGUGCUAAUUAGAUUAUACUAUUGUUGUUGAUAUAUUUUAUAAUUAUAGCCGGCCAACUAAACGGCUGAAUUUAAAUUAAAACUGCAGUAAAAUUAGAAAAUAAUCGCAAAUUAGCGAAAUAUAUUGCAAAUGUAGCUUAUAUUAAAUCGCCAUCAGAUUGCACUAUCGACUGACGUAUAGUUAUAAAGUAUAUAUAUAUACUUUAUAAUUAUACGUCAGUUUGUUGAUAAAUACGGCAAGCGCCAUGUAAAGCUCAUUGUAGUCACUGAAACCUCUGCGGAGGAGAGAGCAAUCGGGUGGCGAUUUAAUAUAAGCUACAUUUGCAAUAUAUUUCGCUAAUUUGUGAUUAUUUUUGUUAAUUUUAUAAGUUCAUUGCAGUUUUAAUUUAAGCCGUUUAGUGGGCUGCUAUGCUAUAAUUAGAUUGUUGUUGUCGUUGUGUAAAAUUUAAAUUUCUCCUGCGACAUUUUGAUUGGAUACUAAAUAUAAACUUUGCUGUGGGCGGAAAGCGAUCAGGUUAAGUUUUGUGUCAGGCUCUAUUUGUAAAAUAGAGCCUGAUACUCAGGUUAGGCUAUAUUAUCCGCAUUUUACAACAUUUCGCAACGAAACUUCGGAAUAUUACUAAUUUUGUGAUGCUCUUUCAAGCUGUGAUGAAAUUUUUGUCUAGACUUGUCUAGAUCAAAAUUUUGUUCAUUAGGUAAUAGGUCCAUUGAACUGUUUUUAAAAAGAUGGUUGAACUACAGUUUAAAACAUCUAUAGAACUAUUUUUGGGAGAUAGGUUCUGUAUAAGGUUUAAUUAGCCUUUCUCACGCCGCCAUUUUUGGGUGGCAUUUCACCUGAAGUCUGCAAGAUAAGUCCACAUAACAGCAACUUUUUAUAUUUUUUUUUUAUAAAUGAUGGUAAAUUUGCUUUGUAAAUGGUUAGUUUAUUUUGAAAAAUUGGUUUUCACCUUGUUUUAAUUGUCUGCAUUUGUUAACGAGAAUUGGAUGCCACUAAAAAAUGGCGGAUAUUCGUCAUCGUGAGAAAGGCUAAUUAAGAAAACAAGUGUAAGACAUAAUGAAAAUAAUUAAAUAAUGUGGACAAUGUACUAUAAUUAAUGAGUUAAAUUGUUUCUCUUUCAGCCUCCCAAGAAGCAAGAUUCAAAGACUGCAUCAAAGCCCAAGAAAGAUAAACCAGCUGGGUCUGGUGGUAAAGCUAAAAAGAAGGUAACCUUUGUUUCUGUUUGUCUACUCACUGGGCUUGCAAAAUUUUCUUAACUAUUUUCAAGCCCCCACCAUAAAGCUUGCUCUUUUGUUUUCUGAUUUUAAACUAACAAACUGACAUUAUUUUGCCUAGUUCAAUAUGGGCAACAAAAGUGCUGUAACUUGGCACAAAAGCUAAUUUCUACACAUGUUCACUAGAUAUGUUUAUAUAUAACACAUGAGACAACAUACAUAAGCAUUUCAACUAAGCAUGCAUACUAUGUUAUUGAACUAAAGACUCUGUGAACCAUUGGAUCAUCAAACCAUAUAUAAUUAUAGAUAGCGAAAACAUAAAAGUUUUCUUGUACUGUUCUUGCAUUGAUACCUGAUGUUAUUCUGCUAUAGUAGUUCAGUACUACUAUGGUUUAAUUAGAAGGUACAAGGUUUGACAACUUGAUGCCUGAACUCUAUUAUAAGGUUUAAUUAGAAGGUACAAGUUUGACAACUUGAUGCCUGAAUUCUAUUUAUGUCAGAUGAAGCAGUAAUAUUGCUUUUUCAUCUGUUUAAACUUUAACCCAUUUUACAGUUGAUUUCACAUAACUAUUAACUUUUCCCUAAAUGUUGCAAACUUCGUUCCAAAGUUUGUUGCGAAGUUCAUAAUCAUAUUCACAAACCGUUUGUAAACAAUGCAUUUGAUUUGGCUUCUUUUAGUCCAGGGGCCAAUCAGAGGAUUUGUUUACAAUCCAGCUUGUAAAUUUUAAUAUGAACUUUUGAACUUCACAACGAAGUUGGGAACGAAGUUUGCAACAUUUGGGGAAACGUUAUGUGAAAUCGACUGAAACCUUACCCAAUGGGUUACGCAAAUGUAUGGUAACCUUUUCUGUUAAAUUCAAAACUAUUUCUACAACAAAUUAUAAGCUACCAAAUUGUGGACCUGGAACAGCCAACAAGCAAUCGGGAAUCUUUUCAUACAACCAAUCACUUUAUAAAUGUUGUUACAAUUAAAUUUGUGACCCAAUUUUAUGCUAACAACAAGGCCUGGCAUUUUAAUGUCAUUGAAUUCCAAAGGUCUUGUUCAAGUUAUAAGAUAUUAAAUCAAGUGUGCGUUAUAUCAAGGCAGAUUAUCAAAAUGUUGAUAUUUGUCCACAUGAUAGGUUUAUGACUGUAAAAGACUUAGUUUUCAAUUUUUUCCUAUUUCAUUAUUGUAGAAGUGGUCAAAAGGGAAAGUUCGUGACAAACUUAAUAACUUGGUUCUGUUUGAUAAAGCUACCUAUGACAAGCUUUAUAAAGAAGUGCCCAGUUACAAGUUGAUCACUCCAGCUGUGGUUUCAGAACGUCUUAAGAUCAGAGGAUCCCUGGCUAGACGUGCAUGUGAUGAAUUAAUGAAUAAAGGUUUGAUCAAGCUGGUCUCGAAACAUAAUUCUCAAAUUAUCUACACCAGGGCGACCAAAGCUGCUACUGAUGCUUCCUAGAUCAUGUCUUUGUGGAUUUAAUAAUUAAAAAUCA